AUGGCCGUCACGUUACCCGCCGUGGUGGAGGAGCUCCUGAGUGAGAUGGCCACGGCGGUGCGAGAGAGUGCGCGAAUUCCUGAUGAGCACCUGUUAUCGCUCAAGUUUAUCUUUGGCUCAUCAGCCGUCCAGGCCUUGGACUUAGUUGACCGGCAGUCCAUCACCUUACUCUCAUCUCCUAGUGGGAGGCGUGUAUAUCAGGUACUUGGAAGUUCUGGUAAGACUUACAUAUGUUUGGUGUCUUGUCAUUACUGCUCAUGUCCUGCAUUUGCCUUCUCAGUGCUCCGGAAGAGUGACCGCCUACUGUGCAAGCAUCUCUUGGCAGUUUAUCUUUGUCAAGUAAUGGGCACCUGCCAGCAACUAAGCGUCUCUGACAAGCAGUUGACUGACAUAUUACUGACUGAGGAGGAAGAAGAACAUAAAGGUACAAAUUGA